CAAAAAUGCGAAGAGCUCCCCCGCCGUUCUAUUGACGAAAUUAUGCGCUGUCCGAGUACGUUGAUUUUGGUUAUAUCGUAAGCAAGGAGCUGCGACAAGAGCCGCAAAAUCGAGGCUCUAUCAACAACGUCCGAAAAUCCACAAAAGCUUUUUAUUCCUUCUGAUUUUUUUUGGCUUGCUUUUUUAAAACAUAUUCUCAAGAAACUUAUAACUCUAAAAAAAAAAAAUGUCAUACCCUGACGCAAUGGAGCAAGAUCAUGCGGCGCCCCCGCCGGCGGCGGCAGCCAGCGACCAAGACGCGGACAUCGGCCAGGUCGCAACCGCCAUGCAGGUCGUGACAGAAGUUAGCAACGCGCCUGCGACCAGCAUAGAGGGCACGCCGACAACUCAAGUCGCACAAUCGCAAAACCCCGUCCCGUCAACAGAGACACCCCCGACGGCAGCGGCAGCACCAUCCACGGCAGUACCGCAAUCCACAACAGCAGCGGCGACAACCCAGCCGACAGCAACGACCGCCUCUCCAGCUCCCGCGUCGCCCGCGCCCGGUCGCACCGGAACUCCAAUGCGCAACAUGGUUGGCGGAGGCGGCGGCGGCGGCGGCGGUGACACGGGCUCCCGCGCCGGUUCCCUGCACCCGGAGCCGAGCUUCAACAUGCCGAGCGAGGCUGCCACACACGGCGCGCCGGCUAGGGUCUACCUCAAUACCAAGGUCACGGGCGUGCUGCUCGAGGGUAUGAAGAUCAUUGCAAAAGACCAACCCCAUGACCCUCUACGAGUCCUGGGCGAGUUCUUGCUACAGCGCUCCAAAGAAAUCGAGUCGACGAGUUAGUUGGAUGGGCAUGUCACACGGUUACGGCAGAAAGCAAUUGGAGGAAGCAUGUGCAUAUGAACAGGCGGCUACAGUCAUUGUUUCCUUAAACAUAGAUGAUACCACGAUAGAUGCGCUUCAUUGGCAAUGGAAAAGAGGUCGCGGGUCUUCCGCAACUCAGGCUUUUUACUUGCCCAGUCUCCUAUCUUAGUGGUAUGGACGGGUUCUUCCCGCCAAUGAUGGUAGACCCCAGGACCGUCAUGAGGGUCGUCGUCAAGUUCAUAUAGACGUCGACAAAUGCAGUAGUAUUCUUUUUUCCUGCCCAAACUCCGUUUACGACCAAACCAACCAAGUAGUAGUUAAACACCCCCUUAAUGCGAGCAUCCCCACAACCAAUGCUCGCGCACCCCCA